GCGCUCUGACGCCCGCCCUCAGGCUGCUGGGGUCGCGCGGCUGCCGCUAUUAGUAGCCUGCGCGCCUCUCCCGUGAAGCAUUCGCCGUCGGGGCGCAGGGAGGCGGGUCGGCCUUCGUCCUCUCGCUGCUUCCCCCACCCCCUGGGAGUAGCUCCUGCUCGUCCGCACCAUGGAGGCGCAGAAGGUGAGCGGGUUUGAGGGGCUGGUCAUGGUGGGCGUCGUCGUCUUGUGCAGGAGCUCUUCCCACCGCUCUGGUUUGUGAGGGAAGAGAGGCGCCUUUUUCCCCUCAGGAGGAGGGGAAAGCGGGCCCCCCACCCCGCGAGUGUCUGGAGGAGACUCUCAGACGCGUGUGGUGGACAUUCCUCCCCCCCCCCCGUUUUUGUUUUUACGUGGAACCCCUAACGCGCGCAAAAUGCUCGUGGGAACGCGGCAUUCACGGGUGGCUGCAAAAAUAAUGGAAUUGCAAUGGUUGUUGCUGUCUGCGAGCAUAUACGCGCGCUCACGCCCCAGCAAUGCAAGCUGCCGGGCUUCCUCGUCGUUGCACUUUGCAGGCUAAGCAAGCCCCGUGGAUGGCGGCGGAUUGUGCAUGCAGGGGAAGGGGAGGGUGUGAAUGAGUGGCGUGUCGUCGCCGGGUUGCCUCUGUCUUGUUAGCCCUCUCUCCCCCCCCACCCGCUUUCUUUGGCUUUCCCACGCCUUUCGGGGACCCUAUUUUAUCCCCCUUGACCUGAAAUGCGAGAACCACCUCUUUUAAAAGCUGUUUGUUUUGAACCCUGCAAAUUUCGUGGCGUUUCCCUGCAUCAGUACCUCUUUCCUCUUUCUUUCUUUCUUUCUUUCUUUCUUUCUUUCUCUCUCUCUCUCUCUCUCUCUCUCUCUCUCUCUCUCUCCUCCCCCCCCCCGCACUUCUUUGUCUUUUUUUUUUUUUGCUUAACAAAGAGUUCUGGUGAUUACAACAGCUUGCUCAGCGUUUUUGUGGCUUUUCAGUUGAUCCCAAUAAAAGGCAUGAUGUCAACUGUUUUCCCUUCUUGCUACCGUUAUGUUCAGCGUUAAUAAGGAUGCAUAGGAUUGCGGUGCUAGACUGCCAUCCUAAAUCCAUUGACUACAUAGUAGGCAGUGCUGAAUUUACUCUUGAGUAAACACGCUUGGACUACCAAGUCUGUGUGCGCUUGAACACAGUAAGGUUUCUGAGUUAGGUUGCCAAUCUCCUCCUCCUCCUCCUGCCUGUCUCUUCUUCUUCUUAAAAAACUGAAGAGUGAUGCAAAGUUUUUCUUGCACUAAACAGGGAGAAAAUAAUUACGCAUUAUAACUUGCAAAAAGUAUUCAAAUAAAGUUGGGUUAGGAUUCUCAAAAUACGCAUCUGUGUCAGUACAUAUGAAUCAUAAAACAUUUGUCAACAGUGUCACAUUUUUUUACUUACUCCACACUGAGUUUACUGACAUGCAUGAGCAAUUUAAAUGGAACUGCUUAUUAGCUAAGAUGACUUAAUUAUUUUAGUGGAAUAUCAUUUUAUUCUUGGUGGGUUUCCCAGUUUCAUGGAGCAGCACAUAGGAAGUACUUUUGUAAUACUUCCAUGUGAUUUAAGUAAACCUCUGAAGUUCAUUUUUUAAAUACAACCUUUUGGGUAGUUGGUGACAAUGGAAGCGAAGGACUAAUCAGUCACUAUUUGUCAGUUUAAUUUGUUUUUGUUUUUUUUAAAAGCAGCAUACAAAUAUUUCACGUAUGGCUGCAAUCCUGUACUCACUACCUGGAAGUAAACUCAGUGGAACAGAAUUCUGAGUUGGCAUGCAUAGGACUGAACUGUAAUUUGACCUGUUAUUUUAAUAUACUGGGUAAGAAAAUGAGCCACGAGAUAGGAAGUACUGGUUCUAAUUUCACUUCUUGCAUGAAUUAAUUUAUGACCUUAAAGCAGAAGUAGCUAAUGUGUUGCCCUCUAGAUGUUGUUGAACUACAACUCCCAUCAUUCCUGAUCAUCAGAUGUGUUGACUGAGUCUGAUUAGUUGUAUUCCAAAACAUUUGCAGGGGCCGGUAUUGACAACCCCUGCCUUAAAGUACUUAUUAAACACUUUUUAAUAUUAAAUAGGACUUUAUCUAAUUUCCCAAGCAUUCCACUCAUAUGUUCUGUCCUACAGUAAGGGCCAUUCACCUUGCAUUUCAUUUAAACCAUUGGCAAGAAAUGCAGACUGUAGCUGUAUUGAGGCUGUGUAACCAAAACAUUCAUAUUUGGAUGCGUGACUUGAAAUCUGUGGGUUAACAAGGUAUUGUAAACUUAAACCCAGAAUGUUGGGUUUGCACUGAAAAUUGGCUGUAACCUCAUUACAGAUAAAUCUUCUCAAACAUACAGCGUAUAAUGAGGAUAACAUUCUUAUUUGGGGGUACGUGAAUCCCAAGUAGGACAUCUGUACUCGAAACAGCUGGCUGUCUCUUUAUUGAAUAGAAUUUUAGUUUACUUUUUAGGGUAAAAGUCCUCACAAAGGAAAUCACAGCACACUUUAAAAUACAAAACAGACCUUAAAAACAGUAAAAAUUCAAUACAUGAAACAUUAAAACAACAAAUAGUUAUAUUGGAAUAGCAGCAGAUACAGCCUCAGGUAAAAGCAUACAGGGUGAACUAACAUUAACCAAAGGCAGACCAGAAUGAAUAUCCUUAAAAGGUCAGCAAAGCGGGGCUAUAUAGACUUCUGGUGAAAGGACACACCAAAGGGUUACAAGUGUUUUGGGCAGAUUAUUUAAGCAGUGUUUUAAAGCACAUAACUAAAUAUGUAUUGUCUUGCAAUUGAUCUAUCUGAGCCACUCUGGGAGCCUUUUAGCUGAAGAGGAGGGUAAGAAUUUUCAAAUGUUAAAGUGAAUUUUGGUGGCUGGAAAAAUGGGUGCUUGACAUCCUCUCUAUUCCCACAUCGGUUUGCUCUGUAGUAUGAACAACUACUCUAAAUUUAUUUGCAUUCUAUUUGUACUACAGGGAUUUGCUUCGUAGUAAGAACUUAAUAUAUGCCGCUUGAAGUUCGUUGGAAAGAGUAAAUGGAUGUAGACUGGAUUGGCAGGAGGAUGACUCCUGAAACAUCUAAUUGUCUAAUUUUGUUCAGUUCUGAACCAUUCAGUUCCGAGAUGCUUUACUCUGCCUCUUCAAGAAGGAAAGGGGGAAGUAGGGGAAAGAGCAGUUAGAUAUGUCAAUAACCUUUCUGGUAAAUGAAUCUGCUUAUGUUGCCUUCAACCAUCUGACAUCAUAGGCUGGGGAAUAUAUGUGGAUCACUUCAUAACCUACCAAAUGAAUAUUUAGACAGUUCACCUGAAACCUCUAAUACUGGAUUCUUCCUAAUACUUGCUCAACUAUACAGCACUGGCUUAAUUUUUUUCUCUUGAUUGAUCAUGAUUGUGCAUCCAGUAGAGUAAUUGUGGGGUUGGCUACUCUACCUUGUACACAGGAGAAAACACUACAUCUCAAAGUGGCACCAUCCUUUUAAAGUCAUAGAAAAAGGUUAAGAUUCCUUUGCUGCUAGGCUCUGUAUAGGAUGCUGUUUCCUUCCUACCAAUGAUGUAACACACUUAACCACACAUCAUAGUAGAUCUUGUAGUGAUUAUGUAUUUAAAUAAAACAUGUUUCCUAGCUGUUGCUGUGUUUGGCCAACAAAGAGUGCAAUAUGCACAGAGAGCGCAGAAUUUAUGGUUAUUGUCUUAGAUCAAGAGGCGGAAGAGAGCCCGAUACUUUGGGAUAAAGAAAAAUACUCAAUUGCUAAUCCAUUUAUACUGGAUACAUCAUCAAACUGUAAUUUAGAAAGGAAUGAACUAUUUGUAUGAUAGUCUUGGAAACACACAGUACAUUAAAUGUCUAUUCUGAUUCCCUUUGACCCAGAGGCUUUAUGAGACAAAUAACUAUAUAUAGCUGUGUGGGGUAGAUUUUGUGAGAGUUGAGUUGCACAGUGAAGGAGACCAUUGCAUAUAUAAUCCUACAAAAUCUUUUUAAAUCUCAUGUUUAUAUGUGAAUAUACUGACCUGAUAAAGUAGGACAGUGUGCUAGGCAACAGAAGAAACUCCUAUUAAUAAUUCAGUAUAAAGCAAGUUGAGCAAGGUUAAAUGUGUGCAUCUAGAGGAAGAAAUAUGCUACCAUCAGACCACCAGAAGAGGAUGUAACUUGGGAAUUGCCCAGGUAAAAGCAUAGUUACAUCAAGUGAGUUGCUGUCUGUUACUAGCUGCAUGACUUUCUAUACUGUAAAAGUAUUAGUUGGUUUCUGUAUUCCAGUUAAUGUGGAAAUUGGCUACAACUCUAGUUUUUUGUUCUGAAGUGAUCAUGAAUAUAUGGAUUAAUUUUAAGCCUUGGUUAAUAUUUAGUAUGAAUAAUUAGAAUUAGAACCUAGACUGGUCCUAUGUACAGAGGUUGAUGUCUGGUUUUUCAAAUGAAUUUCUUGGUUCUUACUAGCAUAAUGCAUGAGUAGUAGAUGAUACAUCCAGAGGUAAUCGCUUUCUUCUCAAACUGUCAAGAGGGAACUGGACAACCUUACCUUGUGGCUUCUUGUAUUUAGAACACAUAACUUCAGUGCUAAUCUAGCUAGUAAAAUAUUGCUGGAUCUAUUUAAGAGAAUAAGAACAAUAUGCCUAUAAUGGUGUACGUUUUGUUAUAAAAAAUUGUAUUACUACAUGUAUGAAAAUGACAAAUUACCACUCUUGCUGCUUAAGUAGCACUUAACUGUAGGAUUUUCAUCUGUUUUACACAGUAAACCAGCACUGAAAUGUAAAAGUUGUUCUUCAUUGUCUGUACUUUCAUUUGAUGAAGUUCAUCUUCUGACUUAAGCUUCAUUCUCAAACCUUGUUUAGGGUGAGACAGUUGGUAAGUGAAAAUAACACAACGUGGUAUGUUUGUAUUUUAGGAGUUGACUGUGCAAUGAACUGUCUUGGCACCUUUCAAAUAGAAAUCUUUGCCCUCAAAUUAGCUAUUGCUUCUCUGUAUAUGGAUAUAAAACUAUUUCUAUGUUGUAAGACUAAAUGGGUUCUAAUAAAUCCAAAUAAGAACAGAUGAGCGUGUUCUGACUUGCACAAACUGACAGUUAUGCUUAUAGGAUCUAAGGCUUAACCUAAGAGGUAUAUAGACCUGUAAUAUCACUUAGAUCACCUGGGGAAAUUGUGCUAGUGGUUCUGCACCCUGUAGGAUAUAAUAUGCCAGUGACCCAAAAAUGGCCAUCUUCCACAGUUGCCACUGUAUUGUGGAAUUCCCUUGUCUCCAACAUACAUGCAGCAACAACUGUCAGUUGCUUCAGAAAUCUUGUAAAAGCACAUUGGGUUGCUCCAGGCUUUCCCUGACGCUUAAUAUUGGUCCCUGUCUUUCUUUGUUUGAAUUCACUGACUUCUUGCUUUUGUGUUUAUAUGCCUUUAUAUUACUAGUUAUGUGCCACAUUUGUUCUAAUAAUACAUUUUUGUGUUCUACAGUGCUUAGAGAUUUUUAAAAUAUUAAGGAGUUUAUCAAUGCUUUUAAAUUAAAAAAGGUCUUAACUGAAUCAUUUGCAAAAAACAAACAAGUCAAUAACUCUGAAUAGUAUUGGUCCCAAUUACACCUGACUAUGGUAGCUAUUAAGCCACUUGCUAUUAAACAUGCAAGUCUGUCUGACCUCACCAGUGUUGCUGCGUUGAAGUAAACAGUUUUUGACAUUAUUGUUGUUUUUGUUAAACAUUACAAACAAUAAAUGUAACCAAAUGAAAUUAUUUCAGUUACAGGCUUGUACAGUGCAAAAGCACAGUACAGAAGCAAGAAGGGUAUAUACACCAAGGUAAUAUGACCUUGCAUAUAUUAAUUAAAUUUACUCUUCUAAUUCUAGGAAGCUCUGCAGAGGAUUAUCUCCACACUGGCCCACAAAAAUGAUGAAAUCCAAAACUUCAUUGAAACUCUAAAUCACACUUUAAAAGGUGUACAGGUAGGUUGUAGAGCUCAUUACGUUCAAAGCUGAAAGGGCUUCUCUAAACAGUGUCGUUUUCUUUAAUACUGCAAUUGCAAACCAUAUAGGCCAAGGGCCAAACCUAGAUAAUGGCUGUGCAAGUCAUGUGAGUUUAUUCAUGGGUACACAUCCUUAGUCUUUGAAGCCAGUGAGCUGCACUGUCAGCACGCCUCACAUUAAAGUCUUUUUUUCUAUGUUGGUUGUUGUGUUGCUCUUAAAUUGGGGUGAAGGGGCUUCAAAUCUUUUCCCAGCCUUGCUCAGCUGGUAGAGCACAAGAAUCUUAGUCUCAGGGCCAUGGGUUCAAGUCCCACAUUGGGCAAAAAGGUUCCUGCAUUGCAGGGGUUGGACUUGAUGACCAUUGAGUGUCCCUUCCAACUCUACAGUUCUGUGGUUAUAUCUGAGGAUAACGCCAUGCACACUUCCCAAAGCCCCUUGAAGAAGGGCAAGAUGAUACAAAUGCGCUAAAUAUGUAAAUGAGGCAAUUGUAUUAUUGGAGCAAGCACCAAGAUUUUCCUUUUAUAUCAAGCAGUUUAGAAAAUUUUAAAUUAAAUUAAAAUGCCUCUUACUAAAAUCUAAAAUCUCUCUCUCUCUCUCUCUCUCUGUGUGUGUGUGUGUGUGUGUGUAUAUAUAUAUAUAUAUAUAUAUGAAUGAAAAUGUGUCAAAAUAAAUUAAUUCAAUAAUACUGCUAAGUCAAGUGGGUUCCCAGCUGUUUUUGGACUACAACUCCCAUCAUCCCUAACCACUGGUCCUGCUAGCUAGGGAUGAUGGGUGUUGUAGUUCAACAACAGCCGGGGACCCGUGUGAUAGUGAUUUCUUUGGGCCAGGAUGACUGAAGGAAAAGGGCAAGCCUGUGAAUAUUACUAUAUGUAUUGAUAAUGAUCUGCAGUAUCCUUUAUUAUAUUAAGGAAAUGGAAGUAUGCUACUGUGAUAAGAACAAGGUUCUGUGAUGCUUAUUACAUUUUAUAGUUUGUGCUGAAGAAAUAGACAAAAUCUGACAGCACAACUCAUAACUGAAAUUUUGUUUACAGGCUAAUUCUUCCAAUGUAAUUGCUGAGUUGGAUGAGGAGUUUGAUGGCUUAUAUGCAAUACUUGACGAGAUGAAGGAGAGCAUGUCAACUAGUAUCAAGCAAGAACAAGCUCAUAAAACCCAAGAACUUCAGGUAAUUAGGUUUCUGAUGAUUUUGUAGUAGAACUCUCAAGCUCUGUCAGGAUAGGGAAAUGUGGGCUAAUUAAAUUAGUAGACUGCCACUUAAUUAGCUUUGCACGCAGCACAAGUUUGCUUUCUAAAACACUUUAAAUUCUGUAAGCUUCUGCAAACAUUUCACUCGCUUUGCACUUGUAACCUUCUCUGUGGUACUUCUGUAAAAGUAGGUUGCGUUUUGAAUGUUGACAUGCAAAUGACCACACAACCCCUCUCAGUUCUUUGGAAUUCCUGGAGCACUCUUGAGUGAGUGAGGAUUACUUCACGUGCCUUGUUGCAUGCCUCUUACUAUUAGACUCCUGGAGUUUUUAUUUCUACCAACAAGCGCAGAGAGCAAACUUAAAAAUUGACAUUCAGGUUUGGCCCUGUGUGCCUUGUAUGAAAGACUUGUCAGCUACAUGUAGGCAGCAGGAAUGUGUAACUCUUGUUUCUUUAGUUGCUGGGCUACAAUACAGGACUCUGAAUUCAAGCUUUGUGGCAGACUUAAAAAAUGAAGAAAAAUGCUAGCUAAUAGGCAUAUUGUACAGAAUGCUUUCUGUUUGAAUGUACAUGGUUUAUACACAUAUUUUUAACAUCUCAAUCAAAUUAUUUUGGCUGAUGCCGCAUUAUCCUUGAAGGAAAAUACAGCAGUGACCAAAGCAGCCAACAACACUAAGUUGCCAAUUUUAGAUUGUAUAAAGCCUUUCUCUGUACCAAACAUGCUUAAAACCCCUUUGUCAGCACAUUAAUUAAAUGAAAUAGAAGCCAGUAGGCUUGGAUAGCUUGCACAGUUCAGUUUUCAUAUAUGAAAAGCAGUUACUCUUUCCAGACUUCUGAUUAGCACUUAUGCUUUAAGAGUUUGAUAUGAGACUUAAAUUGACUGCAUCCAGUUCUGUUCUUUGAGUUGAGUUUUACACAUGUAACCUAUCCAGGGAGGCAGUUAUCUUCAAUCUGCUCCGUGUAAUGUUUAAUUUUUGGAGCAAAUUGAUUCAGAUGCUUAGUUGUCUAGAUUUCCUUAACUAUUUUUAUUUGUCUUACUAAAAUAUUCAUUUCCCAUGUUUCAAUAAAAUAUGUGACAAACCACAGAAGGCAGAAAAGAAAACAAACUGCUUAGAACUUCUUGGGAAAAGCAUAUUGGAGUCCAGUAUUUUUCCUGCAAUAGUGGUUAAAUAAGGCUGUCCAGAAAGGACACUCUUCAGUUUUCUACAGGGAGCAGCAUUGCUCUAAUAUAUAGGCUGAGCAGAAAGUGAGGAAAGGAGGUUUCCCUAAUGUCUCCAACUUACUUUUGAAUGGAUGCAGAGAUUUAUGGACACAGGGCUGGAAGUUCAAGUAUGGCCAGCAGAUGGAAGUACAGUAUGGAAUUAGUAAAUGUGAGAUUAAUUUGGGCUGCUCUUGCUCCUCAUGUCUACAGCUUCACUGUGUGUGUAAAACAGUAUUGGAAACAUGGCAUCUGACUUGUCUUUGUAAUCCUGGCAAUCUGUGAAACCUCAUACUGAAGGAGGACUGGAAUGUGCUUGCACUAACUAAGAAUCAUCGAAUAUUAGAAUUGGAAGGGACCACAAGGGUCAUCUAGUCCAGCCCAUUGCAAUGCAGGAAUCUUUUGCCCAACGUGGGGCUCAAACCCACAACCCUGAGAUUAAGCUCUUCCAACUGAAUUAUCCCAGCUGUUCCUGGUAGAGCAAAAUUUUUCAUGGUUUGCAAGUAUCCACAGUUGUUGUGCUUCCAUGGCUCUGUUAGUCACCGUAGCUGAUUCUUUCACCCUGUUCCUUGAAAUAAUUCUACCUUCUUCUGACAGCUUAAAUGUAUACAAAGUUAGUUAGUUCAACUUGAUCAUGGAAUUUUGGUAUAAUUCAGAAUCUCGGUGUACCAGAUGCUGUCAAAUAACUUCGCCUCUUAAAUCACUGGUGCACAUGUGGCUUUUGACAAUACAGAUACAGCAGCUGACCUGUCUCUCCAGGGAUGAAUAUACAGUAUUUGAAAUAUUAAAACACACCAACAGCAUCUGGUUAGAUCAGGGCAGUCCCAACAAACAUGAGCCGCAAGAAGACUUUGACACAGAAUUCAUAGGCCACACUGAAUUAAAUUUCCACGUUGUAAAUUAAAAUGUUUGUGAUACAUUUAAUAUUAUUUAAUAUACACGGUUAAUAUAUUUAAUUAAAUCUAUCAAUGGUAUAUUAAAUAUAAUCCCUUAAAUUCUUAAACGAGUUUAAUGCACAAACAGAUUUAUGCACUUUCGGUAACAAUGCAUGACAUUUCCCCCCCCCCCCCAAGCUUUCAAUAUGAUUUUUCUUGAAUGUUGCCGAGGGCACCAAAAAAGUCCUCGUGGGCCGUGAGUUGGACCACCCUGGGUUAGAUAGUAAAAUGUCUGGUAAUCUCACCAUGCAAGGAAAAAGAACUCUGCUUCGUGAAUUGCCAAGACUUUCAGAUAGUUGGAAACCUUGUUUGUCAAUACUGUACUGUUGUAUUGAGCAACAUGACAUGGAACCUUAAUAUUGUAUGCCUAUACUGUCACCUAAUAGCCUAUGACACCCCCUGAACCUUAUAGUUGCCUAUCCAGCACAACGUAAGGGAGUAAAGAUGCUGGGAUCUAAAACUGUGCAAACUCAAGAACAGGCAUUCUAGAACACACUUCUUCAGAAUUAAGAGCUGCUUCUCCAGCCUACACUUGGUGCACUUCCUGAAGUAGAUCACACCUUUUAUUGAGCCUCACUCUUCAUAGGCUAAGAUAAAUAGCUGUGUUACCUUGAACUUGGCGUGCCAAAGUACAUCGUACUCAGCCGGGAGUGUCUUUUUAUGGUCAUACGUUUAUGGGGUGGGUGGGGAAUAAACCUGUGUGAGUGUACAACUGAUUGCAGAGGUCUGAGGGGGCUGAGUUCCACAGAGAGAACUCUAUCUAAUUUUCCUCUGCCAGAAAGGUUUUUUCCCCCCAAUACUGCAUGUUAGUGUUUUUUUAUCGUGUUUCAUGCUAAUAUUUUAUGUUUACACUCUAUGCUAAAUAUGCCAAGGAUUGAACUUGAGGCCUUCUUUAGCAUGUGUUCCAUAAGGGCCUCAUCCAUUUGCCAGUAAUGGGCAUCUGGAAUUUUUUGGGGGGUGGAGAGAAGAUAGCCCUGUGUUCUCUUAGUAACUCCUGCUAUGGACUGGCUUACUGAACAGCUUUCUGUUAUUUUCCUAGAAUCAACUUAGCCAAUGUAGUAAUGCCCUGGAGAACUCUGAAGAACUGUUGGAAUUUGCUGCUCGUUCACUGGACAUAAAGGACCCUGAGGAAUUUUCAAAGGUAUAAAAGUGUGCCUGACAUGAAGAAGAAAAGGAGAGGUGCUGUUUAAUUGCAUGCCAUUUGCCUGCAACUACUUAUAGAUUGUGUAGUAAACAUUGUGGAGGACUUAUUGUGGAGCUGAUUAGAAUCUCUGGAGUGAUCAACGUUACGUUCUGAGCGUUUCAAGUACAUGUAUUCAGACUACCCCAGGAUAAUAGUACUAUUCUGAUUACUGGUUUUGUAAUCAGUAGGUAGUAGUUUUCAUGAAUGAAAUGACAACUAUAGGGUGUGUUUGAGGAGCAGGAGGAGAAGAAGUUAUAUUGUACAGUGGUACCUUCUUUUACAAACUGUUCUGGAAGUCCGUUUGUACACCAAAAACGUUCUUAAACUGAGGUGCACUUUCCCCAAUGAGACUUCCUGCCACCGGUGCCCUUCCACCAGUCAGCUUCCGUUCAUCUUCCGGGACAAAGUUCGCUAGCUGGAACACCUACUUCCGGUUUUGUAGAGUGUGUUGCCUGAAUCGUUCGUUAACAGGACUGUUCUCAGAUGGAGGUACAACUGUACAGCCAAAAGUGCUUUGCUUGUGGAACUGUUUAUACUGCCCAUAGGCUAACACCCAUAGAAACUGAAUUGGUCUGUGCUAUUAUAGUUCAGAGAGUUUUAAGAGUGCUUAGUUGCUAAAAAAAAUUAAGAGGAAAAUUAAGAUGACAUAAUGCUUGCAUAAUUUUAUUAGGUACCUGCAGAGAAUUAUGUCCAUUCACAUACUUGAUUGAAAAUUUAUACACAGCAAGCAUGUUGGGGUCAAUAUUAGGUCAUCAGUCUUGUCUCUGCUAUAGGGUUGGAUCCAGAGAAACACUGGUAGAAGGGAAUGACUUUUUUGCCACAUACCUUCCCAGCAACCCUCUGCCUACCCUCCCAGGAUCAGGGAACCUUCAUGAAUGGAGUGGGCUUGGGGGAGGAGGAACCCCCCAAAUUAGGCAGAGCCACCUUCUGUGACUGCGUUCUCCACUCUUGGAAAGUGUCUCUGCCUGAUAUUUUUGAUGGUUCUCAAAACAGCAGAAUCUUCUGACCUUAGGGAGAGGGCCCCUUCUGGCAUUUCUGUAGAUCCAGCUAAUAAAAUGAUUGACUAACUGCUAAAUGGGAAUAUAGUAGGCAAAAUAAUCUACUUUUAGAAACACAAACUUGGCAAUGCAUUAAGUUGCCUCUGCGUGUUAAGUAGAUUUAUUACGUUGGCUUUGCCAGUCAGUGCAUCAUGCCUCCAGCUGAUGUGUAUUAGCAAUGCUACAUUGACUCCGAACCAUGUUCCUUGUACAUUGGUUGGAAAGGAAGCUGAUUGAUCCAAUCAAGGGCAGGCAAUGCUUAAACUGAUACAGUAUAUGAAAGAAUUCCAAACGAUCCAUCAGAAUCUGAAUUUGUUCUCCUCUUUGUGUUGAAGGGCUGCAUUUGAACUUUGUCUUUAUACUUUUAACAAGCUCAUCUGAAGUUGUUUGUGUUAUUUCCCUGGAAAUCAAACCCAAGGGAAAAACAGAAUUAUAAAACUUGCUCCUCAGGUUCUGUUUGUUCACCAUUAAUGCCCAUCCUAGUUUUUGACUUAACUAAUGCUACACUAUUUCAUCACAGUUCCUUUCCAUUUGUUACAGUGUUUCCCCUGGACUUCAUCCAGGUUCCUUGUUCUCAGUUCUUGGAUUGUUUCCACCUCGCUAUGCCCGACAACAAAUCCUAAUUAUUGGAUUUUUUUGCCCUAUCUUUUUGUGCCUGCCAAACAGCCAUAGACAAAAUAACUUGGAUUUGUAAACUUUUUAAAUACAUGCCUGUAUGUUUGAAAAGUUGCUUAUCAGCCUUUUCUGUACUAGCAAGUUAUUUGUGGACUAUAACCAAAUUAUACUUGCCUGCUGUAACAAGGUUAAUUUGGCUCUCAAAUAAUUCUCAGGGUAGCCAUUUCAUACUGAGAUUUUCUGAAGCAAUUCUGAAAAUGACCUGGGUUGAAUUGAGGGAUAGGGUAGCUCAGGGAGAAAAGGAUUGCUGUUGCUUUUGUGGUCAGAGUAAAGACUUAUCAUGAAAGCGGACUUUAUAUACCUUUCAAUGGUCUUGUAUAAUUGCUACUCUUCAGCCUUACCUUGUGACUAUCAAAGUAAAUGGUGAAUAAAUUUGCCAUGAAAAAUGCUGCACUACGUAUAACUGCUGAGGUAGCAGACACACAAUGCUUGUUGCAGAAGACUGCAUUCCCUUCCAGCUAAAUUCAUUAUAGUAAUCUCUACUUUGAUCUAACAACUUUUAAUUAUUUAUGCAAUAAGCAACUUAAGCAACCAUUCUGGGUGGUUGCAGGGGGACUUUGCUUAGAAUAUCUGCUUCUGGUUUUGUAACUUGCAUUUUAAGAUGGUCUGGUUGGAGAUAGGAGAGGAAAACGUUGUGGAAGCAUUUUCAUUCAUGGUGCAGAUAGCAUUGAGUUUGAGAUGCAGGAAGCAACAGCCUCCCUAAUUUGAAGUUCGUGAUCUUGGGCAGGUUGUUGUGGUUCACAGUAUCUCAGACAGCAGGUGAGGAUGUUUUAUUUUCUGUUUUGUUCUGACUGGUCAUCUUAUCACCUAAGACACUUGUUUGUGGUGAUAAGAUAUAAAAUCUUAAUACAUAGUCUUUUCCUGUGUUCAGUACAUAAGGAAUGAAGAUAAAAAUGUUUGCAAAGUAUCCCCCGUGCCAUGAAAGGGAUUAAAAUUUAAAACUCUUUAUUUUUUGUUGGCAAACAGAGAUGGCAAUGUCCUAAUUUCUACUGUAUUUGUGAUAGUUGUAAUAGCAAACAACUUUUAAAUGUAUAUGAAGCUGAUGUUUUAGUUUCUUAAUUCGGAUUCUAUGUUGUGUCACUUACUUGUUAUAAUAUUUUGAAACAUUAAUUAUCUGUGGGCCAGACAAGGAACCCUAUCUUAGCCAGGCCUGUGCAUGUUCACUAGAGUAUAAGAACUUGGGGUGCAUUCCAGUAUUUCUUGCCACCGAUAACAACAUUUUGUUGCCUAGGGCCAGAUGAAUGAUAAAACUCCCUGAAUUCAAAAAUUGCUUUGAUCAGGGCGGUUUGUGGAAAGAUAUUGUGCUCAAUAUUCAUGGAGGGGUAUGGUGGAAAUGGUUCAACUCUGGCACAAAUCUAACACUCACUACCUAAUUGCUGACAUGCCCAACGAAACACUCAAAUGCCACUUGGCCCGAUCACAUUAAAAAUAGAGCACAGAAAUUUGAUGACAGUGUCAUACGGAAUUAGUUUAGCAUGGCUUGUUGAAAUUCCUUUUUGUUUUUGUUUUGUUUUUUUGCUUGUUGCUGAAUUUCUAAUAACUUUGUAUUAACAAUGGCUUAUGAGGCAGGUCUUCAGUGGUAAAAUUCUGAGUUGGUUUUGAAACCAAGCUGGACAUCUGUGAGAUUGAUAACUCUAACUCUUUCUUGCAUGUUACUGCAGAUGAAACUUGCAUGAAACUAUUAAUUACCUUCUCUCUCUUCUUCCUGAUGCACCUCAAGGCUGCCAGACAGAUCAAGGAUAGGUACAGUACCAACUUAUUUGUUUCUGUUCCUAGUCUUCCAUAAUUGUCGUUGAAGAUUCUGGCUAAGUAAUUCUUAACAGUUUUCACUUAAGAUUCAUGCAACUAAAAGAUAAAAUUAAGUUUUGCAUGCUGAUAAGACAACACUGCUGUGUUUUGGCUUUACACUUCCUUCUCCCUGUGUGGUGUGUGAACUUUAAUUCAGCGACAAAAGAACACAGGCACAUUUUUAAACAAAUGUGUUUGGAAGGGGGAAAAAUCAUUCUUAAUGCUGAUCCCUUAAAGUAGGUGCCAUUUCAAAUUUAAUUUGGAAGUGGCACAGGAGGCCAAUGUUUGUUUUAUAUGGUAUGUAGGCCUCACUUAUGGGAUAUCAGAACUUGUUAAGGCAACAUAAUUUGAGCUGGAUUUUAGUUAUCUAAAACAGCAUGGUUACUAGAAAAAUCAAAAAAUGGUACACUUGUCCCUUAUCUGUUCCCAAAACAGUUGAAGCACAUUCACAUAUGUAUAGCUGAAAUUUGGUGCAGCCCCAAAACAUCCAAAGUGCAGAAACAUAAAACUUUUCAGUUUUAACUUGCAAUGUUCACCUUCAUUAUUAUUCUAAUACCUCAGACAAAGAAUAGAGAAAGAUAGGCUAUAUGUAAGACAUAAUAUUUCCAUGUCAUACACCUGAAUUAUCCUCAGAUUUGGGCAGGGAAUGAGAAGACUUCCAGUGGCACUCAAUAACAUUUCUCAGCUUUUGCUUAAUAGACACUUCAUUUACUAUUGUUAUAUGAACGCAGCACCAAGACUCCCUGCUCUUUCAUAUGCUCACUUUUAUGUUUAAGCUUUAUCAUGUAUGGACUCCUCUUUCUGAAAUGAGUCUUGACUAUUAAGGGCCAAGCCAAGCAUUGGUUAUCAGGAGCAUACUGCCAAAAAAACACCAGCUGAUGAUAGUCAACCUUAUGUUAACUGGUUAGAGGCAUUGUGUGCAACUUGACCAUCACAUUGAGCCCCUUCAUGCCUCUUUAGAGUGGGGUCUUGGAAAACGUCCAAGUUGCUGCUCAUAGCAUCAGCAGGCGUCCAGAAGUUAUAAGCCUUGUGAAACUUCCACAGAGAGGUUUUGUAUGAUGCGCUCUAUCCUUAAGAUGUUGCAGGAGCAGAAGUGGAUAGUUACAAACCCUCAGCAUGGUAGCUUGGGUGGCUGAGAGGUCUCUGGAAAAUCCCCCAGCCUGAACCCCCGCAAAAGAUUUGUUCUGGCUCUCAACUUGUCAUCAGUAGUCGAUCUAAAUAAAGGUUUUGGUAUAGUUUGGUGAAGUGCCAAGCUCCAGUAUCGGCUUCACUUUUUAUCUAGACAUUUUGAAAUAUUGAAAUCCCUGUCUGUUGUUUUUGGCUCCUGCCUGAAUGAUUUUUACCUGAUUUCUACCCUUUUAGAGUCACAAUGGCUCCAGCGUUCCGCCUGUCCUUGAAACCCAAAGUGAGUGACAACAUGACGCACCUGAUGGUGGACUUCUCUCAAGAAAGGCAUAUGCUCCAGGCUCUAAAGUUUUUGCCAGGUAAAAAUAAGUCUGCACAGCAUUGAGCUCUUUGGAAUACUGCUGCCCUGUUUCCAAAGAGGUAAGGAAUAAUCUUCCCUUUUGCUGUAAAGAUGGCUAUGGGUGAGUGUGAAAUGCUCUCCUCCCACUUCCCACAGUGUAUCGUUUUGUAUAUAUUUAAAGUGAGCGUGGGACAAAGGAGAACACUCUCCUCACUUCACAUCCAGACAGGACAUAUCGGAGAAGGGAGAGUGGCAGAGAGGUUGGUAGCUGUGUAGAUGACAAACAAGAAAUACAUUUGUAAGUUUGCAGAGUUCAACAAGGGGUGGCUAGUUGGUGGAUCGUAUCUGGCCCUCAAAAGGUCUUUUGUGGCCCCCAUGAUCCCCCCCCAGAUUUCUUACUUUUGAAAAAGUAAGUGUCUUAAAAAUAUUGACCAUCCCUGUGAUUCCCCUGCUUUGAUGCCAAAACGUUAACUAUUUCUUAAUUGCUUCCAUAGUUCUUGUGUUUAUUGUGCACCUGAAGAUCCAUUUAAAUUUAAAUUUAAAUCUGUUCCAUUUAAAACUUCAAAAAACUUUUUUUUUAAAGCAGAUUGUUCUGUGGGUCCCCUGCAGCGAACCAAAGGGAUUUGGAAUCCCCCCACCCCGGCUGACUUCCCCAAAUUUAUUUUUUAAGGUUCUUCAAAUUUAUUUUUCAUUGAGUUAUUAUGAAUAAUGAACGAGAAAAGCAAUUUGAAAUAGAUGAUGGGGGAGCCUUUUUGAAGGGAGCCUUGAGAACUUCAUUUCUCAACAUGACUGCUUUGACAUGCAGGUGCUGGGGUCUUGUCCAUAGAUUAGGGCAACCUUCUGCCAGAAAAGGGCUAGCCACUCUGUGUCUAAACUCAUAGCUCACAGAUAUAAUACUGGAGCUUACUUAAGCUGCCCAUCAGACUAUUAUUUAUUUAUUUAUUUUAUUAUUUAUUAAUUGAACUUGUAUACUGCCCUAUACCCGGAGGUCUCAGGACGGUUCACAGAACAAAAUAUAAAACCACAAAAUAUAUAAUCAAAAUAACAGCUCAAUAAACAUUUUAAAAUCAAACCAACCAAAGGCCUGGUUAAAAAGGAACGUUUUUGCCUGCCGCCUAAAGGUGUAUAGGGGCAUAGCGGGAUCACCAGCCGAACCUGAUGGAAGGCACUCCGGGCCACUGAGACUCUGGGUGCUGCAAAUGUACUUUUGCAGAGGUUUUGCAAGGAUGCAAGUUCCCCUAUUUUGCACAGCCACUUUGCAAGUAGUAUUUUUGUGCCUGAGUUUGCUCAUGCAAGGAUAAUCUAAGACUUUGUAUUGAAAUAUCAAAUUAAAACUGUCAGGAUUUCAAAUCUGAUUUUAUCUUGUGGAUGAUGAAUUGUUUGGGAUCUUUUGGUAUAAAGACUUUGUGCAGUUCUGAGUGUUUGCAUUGGACACUAAUUCUAACUGAUGGCUGAAACAGCUCAGCUUUAAAUGAGGAAACCCGAAGUGAGUCUUCUGACAUUCCUAACUUUUGACAUUUUAUACUGACUGUCUUGCUGACACCUCAGUCCAGAAUGUCAAAAUACUUAUUGGUUUGUGUCUUUGACAGCUUCUCAUUGUUCCUGCUUCUCGUUCUCGCCCUCUCUAGCAAAAAACCAAAAGUAUAUAUAUCAGAAACAGACCUUUAUCCACCCCGUGUUUGAAUUUGAAUGUAGCAAACUUCUUUUUCAGCUUUCCCAAUUAAGAGAAAAUAGUAAUCUCUGGGAUUAAAUAUUUAGCUAGUCUAAAAGUCCUGGGGCUUUUACCCCUGAAGAAGGGGACAGUCUUACUUUGCUGUGCUAUAAUAGUUGUAGGGAACCUUGCUGUCUGUCUCUCUCUCCCUCUUUCCCUCCUCCUCCCCAUCUACCUCUCCUCUUCCUCUCUCUGUGUGUGAGAGAGAAUGAGAGGAGUAUGUUGCAUUCCUCACACAUGGUGGCAAUCAAACACCAAACCUUUAAAACUAUUUUGGGGAAUGUUCCUUGGCAUUGCAUAUUUGUUCCAGUAGCUGUUUGAUCCCUUAAGCACAAGCCUUACUGGAUUGCGUUUUUUAAAAAGGUCAACCUGAAACAGAAGUCAAUAACAAAGGCAGGCAAAAACACUUUAAGACUCAUCACAGAAUGAAUGCACAUAGUUUAGAACUGCAAUCCUGUGUACAUGCCAUCCCGCUGGACUUAAUUCUAAAUAUUAAUGCAUAGGAUCGGGCAGUACAUAAAAGUGAUCAGGUCAGACCUUAGCCAUAGGAUUUUGUUUUUAAUCUUAGCUCACCCAUCUGGAUCUUGCCAAGAGUACAAGAUCAGUAUGAGGGUGGCAGUUGAGUUUACCAGUGAUCUGUUUUAUUUCCUUAACAGUGCCCAGAGCUCCAGAGAUAGUUCUAGCAGAUUGUAUUGUGGCUGACAACUCUGUAACGAUUUCAUGGCAAAUGACAGAAGAAGACAACAAAAUUGAUCACUAUAUACUAGAAUACAGGAAAACCAACUUUGAUGGGCUUCCUCGAAUAAAGGACGAGAGGUGCUGGGAAUCUGUGGACUACAUUAAGGGCACUGAAUAUACAUUAUCGGGUAAUUUUAUUUUUCUGUUCCCUCCAAGUUGACUUGAGUUGUAACAUGAGCUUCAUACUUUUUCAUGAGAAUCUUUUAAUGUCAGCUCCAUCUAAUGUUUUGCGCUCCCAGCGUGAUAAAUGGAGAUCUGAUCUCAUUCACUUUCCUCGACUUCAGCUAAUAUUGAUAUAGUACUUAAAUUUGUCUGUAGCUUGGGAGAAGCAGCACUUUAAAACAGUAUACAUAUACCUUUCCUCCUUUAUAGUGCUAUUUUUUUGUUGUUCAUUUCAAUGGUAGUGGAUGUCUGAAGACCUUCUCUCUUUCAGGUCUGAGGUUUGAUUCAAAAUACAUGAACUUCCGUGUCAGAGCUUGCAACAAGGCUGUGGCUGGGGAUUAUUCUGAUCCAGUGACUUUAGAGACGAAAGGUAAAACGGGAUAGCUAAGAACUAGGACCAAAUAGUGGCUUGAAUAUAGGAAAUGCAUGCUCAAAUGCCUUCUUGGCUAUAAAAUGUACAGUGUUGUUUUAGGGCAGCAGCUGUGUACCUUAACGUACCUCCAGUUGUUAGGCCCAAAAGCCGAUUUAAGUGAAUUGGAGGAAAGGAUUGAAGCAGAGGACUAUAGUAUUUGCACUGUCUAAAGGGCUGCUAUUUAAAAUUGUUGACAUGGUACCAGGAGAAACAUUAACCUGAGGGCACAUACGCCUUCUAAACAAAUUCUAGCAUAGGGAGAUGGCACUGAUUAGAGAAGUGCUAAGUAGUGCCACUCCCACUUGAUAAACAGUGCAGAUUUUUUCAUCCUAAACCCCUUCACUAACUAACUCUGCUGCUAUAUGCAGUUGACAAAAAUUUACCAAUUUUAAGCCAUCUGUUUAAAGCCAUGCAACUGUUUAACCACUUCGAUAGCAAUUGUGAGGCACAUGGUGGAUUUGUUUGUGGCCCUGCAGCAAUAAAAUAUUUUAGCUUUCUUGGUGUGAUACUUGAGCCAAAACAGUAGUGAGAUUUUGUUAGCUUUCCCGGCCUGCAAGUUAGUCAGCUGCUAGGGAGGCAUUAAUGGCUUUCUUGCCAUCUUAUGAAGUCUCAGUGCUGCAGACUGGAAUAUGUUGCCAAAGCAGAUUCACACCGUUAGCUCACUUACUUGAGGACAGGUAAAACAACAUGGCUUUUUGCUGAUGUGCCUGAUUCUUUCUCAGACUCUUAUCCUGUUAUGGCCUCAUAUUGGUGCAUUUGAUAUAACAGUGAAGAGCCUGGUAUCUUUACUUCCUAGCCAAGAUAGAGAUUGGGAUCAUUUUCUGUCAUAAGUGUUGAAACCUUAUGUUCUGUUGAUUCUUAAAGUGCCUCUCACCCUGUGAGUGACACAAACACAUAUAUCACCAGUUCACCUGAGUGGCAUAAUAUGGCUGCAUAAAUAUUAUCAGAAGUGUUGCAAGCAGCCUCCCAGCAUAUUAAAUCAUGCUCGGGAUAUUUCUUCAGAAAAGUCAAGAAGCUGCAGAUUGUUUGCCCACGGAUCAUAUAUUGCUCAUUUAUUUUAAUGUUUAUAUUUUUUAAAAAUAGCAGGACGAUUCAUUGAAAUGCAGAAGCACUGCCAGUGUAGUCCAGUAGAUGAGAAGUGUUCUUAAUGAUGUCAUUGAGUGGCUUGCAAAGUGCACCACUAGUAUAAGUGUCAGGGAACUGCCAUCGGAAGGCAGGGAGGUGAAAGGACUCAGACAGGUUGGAAGAGACUCAGCAGCUGAAGAGGGAACCAGCAAGGGGAGAGAAGCUGAACUGAGGGAGGUGAAAGGGCUCAGACAGGUUGGAAGAGACUCAGCAGCUGAAGAGGAAACCAGCAGGGGAGAGAAGCUGAACUGAGGGAAAGGGAGCUGGGGGAUGGCUCAGAGAUACUUCCAGCGAAAACAGUGGUGAGGUUUCCGGACCUCCUGUAGGGACACCCACUCCUCGCCGGAAACUGUCACGCAGAGAGUCCAGAAGACGUGUUUCCGUUAAGGAGCUUUUAUGUUGGAAGCGAUCACGAAAGCAACCACUGUCGGAAUCUUCUAGUGACUAGAGGAGCCAUGUCAGAGGGGCUCAGUCACAGACAGAGGUUUGUGGACUUGAACAAACUCUGAGGGAAUACGAUUUUACGCACAAGCAGCUCAUCUUCCCAUCACAAUAAGGUUCAGUUCUCCCAACCAGCUUUGGGAUUUAUUUUCAAUUUAUGACAACUUGUACAAACCUGGGUUGCAUGUGAGUGUGCUAAAGAUGUCAUCAGCAGAGGGCUAAUGCACAGAUCAGUCAGAUCAGUUUACUUAUGCCAUAUGAAAUUACCAGUUGUGUCUCUGUACUUGCACAUUGGUGAAAGAAAAAUUAUAGAAAGCUUUUAGUGGUAAAUUGCUACUGUAAGGUAUAAAAAAGCAUUCUGAAUUUUUAAGUCAGAGGUCAUCUUUGAAGCACUGGAUUAUAACCCUGGCAAGGCAAAAACAGAGUGCAAGGCAACAAUCUCCAUAACAAUCUCCAUAUUUAAAAAGAACUUGGCUUGUUGGCAAAUGAGCUUGCAGAUGUAUAUUUGUAAUGGGUUGUAUCACCAAAUGUUGCACUUCUAAAAUUAGAACUAUUGCCAUACAUUUUAGGGAGUUGCAUUGCUCAGCUUCACAUCUACUAUCUUUGGGCAUUAGGAAAACUUUCCAUGUCUGCUAUAUAACAACUGGAACUAUUCAAGUCUUUUCAGCGUAUGCCACUCUUAGAGCUGUACCUUAUUCUCAUUUUGGUGAUAGGUGAGCAUUUCUAGUUGACCCUCAAAACUAUGUGUUUACAGUGCUCUUAGUGAGCACUUGCCUGGCAGAAUCAUCAAGUUCAGCAUUGCUUAAACAUACUGUUGACCUUUCACAGAGGAAUUUCAGUUCUUGUAUUCUGUGAAAUACUAAAGAACCGUGUCUAAUGCAUUCUAAUUGAAUAGAGUCUGUUUAGCGUGACACAUAUUGUUUAGCUUCCAAAAAUGAAGGCAAACACAGCAACAUAGCCUCAAUUAUUCUGCUUAGUUGGCAGUAACAAAGAUUAAAUUUACCCCACAACAAAUUCCAGCGAGGAGCAGUGACUCAGUCUGACUGCUUUGUUGUAUUAAAAACUCUCUGGAAGAGUUACUACCUACCUCAUUGUCAUUGUCCGAGUGUCAGUAAAAGCUAAAAAGCUUCUUGAAUAAAAUGUACCUAUUUCUGUCAUAUUCUCUCCAGAUAUUAAGUUCUGCCCAUUACACAUUUGGCUUCACCCGUGAAAGAUUUGAUGCUAGUACUUUUUUUAUAACCUGUGUGUAUCUUCUAACGCUCUGCUGAUCAAAUUACCAUGCUUGCUUACAGUGGCAUCUCUUAGUUGGCUUUGAAAAUAACUUGUUAUAUUCUGCCUUUAGUCAUAAGAACUUUUGGAAACCUAUUACUUGAAGAAUGCUGUGGGACGUCAAGCCUGCAGGCCUCCCUUUUAGCCAAGCCAUGCCCAUUUGCCCAGUACCUGGUGUCUAUAUAUGAUAUCAGAUGUGGAGCUAAGCUGAAAGGGUUUUUGCAGGGGCUGCUGAUCAGCAUUGCUUUGUGAGCUGUGUCUCUACCUACUCAGUUUGAUUUCAAGCCUUGCGAACAAAAGCAGGUCACCUGACAUUGUGAUGUCAGGUGAUUGACAGAUGGACCCUUGGACAGUGGGAGAGAGAACGCUCUGGUCCCCUGGCUGGACCCAGCUCCCCCGUCCCUGCUGUGCAGCUCUGCUGGCAAACUGACAGCCUUGACACUUAACACAAAGAAUUGCCCUACAUACUGAUCCCCCCCCCCCCGAUUAAAACAGAGAACUAUAACAGGCUCUACCUUUCAGAACAAGAUGCAUACCCUGGCACUAUAAAUUAAGGGCCAAACUUCACAGGACAUUAGUUAGCAUUUUCAAAAAGCAUGCUCAGACUGGUUGCUCAUACUUUUGGGGGAAAAGCAGCCAAGGGUCCCCAGUCUAGAACAUGCUCCAGUGCUGAUUUACUGCAGAAAACAGUCCUUUUCAGGCUGUUUGCACCCAAGGUGCUGUUUGUAGUAGAUAUCAGGGUUUUUUUUGGGGGGGGGGUUCAGAGCAGAGUGGGAGGUAGCAAUAUUAAUCCGUGCAGGGCCCCAAUCCAGAUCAAAAGCAAGCAGCAGUUAGCUCAGUUGGUUAGAGUGUAGUUCUGUUAAUGUGAAGGUUAUGGGUUCAAUUCCCAUACAGGCCACGUGCAUUGCAGGGGGUUAGAACUAGAUGACCCUUGGGAGUCCCUUCAGCUCUACGAUUCUGUGGUUCUAUGAUGUGAUAUUCUGAAUUAGGGCACUAUGUCUGAUUUUUCUCUAAAAUAAAAGCAGGCAGAUGGAGUAAGCAUUUAAAAAAUAAUAAUUAGAAGUAUAGCAUCAGAAGUAGACUUGUCUUAGGUAGAGAACCUGGGCAGCCUAUCUAAAUAUGUUAACUUCUUCACUCUUUGCAUUCAGAAAAGGUGUGACUAACCUUUUGAUCUGCAUCUUUUCUCUGGGCAGCUCUUCUAUUUAACCUGGAUGGGUCAUCGUCUCAUCUUAACUUGAAAGUUGAAGAUUCCUAUGUGGAGUGGGAUUCUACAGGAGGCAAAAGCCAAGAAAACAAAAUUAAAGGAAAAGAGAACAAAGGCAGGUAAGGGAAACUGAGCUCCUCCUCUGAUCAAAUCAAGUAACUUGUAGAUGUCAUAUUUAAAGGCUGUUGCAGCAAAUAGAAAUUUGGUCUAUCAGUAGGAAGUCUUCCUAUGCAAAAGAGAUUAUUCAUAUUGCUAUAAACUUAAUGAAUACAUUCACACUAAACUUAAUGUAUUUGGCAGUAUAGCAUACUUGCUGGUAAAGUUUUGAGGCAGCUAUUGAAGAGAAUAACCUUGAAACCUGUGUUGGAAAUGGGGGAUUUCUUUUUCUGGAAAAAGUGACAGUGUUGCAAGGUAGCUCUGGUUUUGUUUUUCCCCUACCAUGGAUACGUUACUAAAAACUAUUCCCCCUGCUGAAAAAUAAUACUAGCAGUCAUAUUCUUCUUAGGGUUAAGAAUUUAGACCUUAUGUGAUUCAGUCGUAUGACCUAUGCACAGAUCAUGAGCUCUCUAGAAGCAUCUUUUUCUGUGUAAAUUAGAGAAAUGAAAUUUAUCAAAAAUUUUUUUUGCAAAAAAUCAUUUGAUAUAUUUCUAGCAAGUUAGAAAGUCUGGCCUGCAAAAACAAAAUAUGUUUGGGAGCUUUUCUGAGAUGAUUGUGUUGGUCUAAAUAAUAUCUUCUGUUGUCCAAAUAGAUUAGAUUAUUUAACUUCUACACCACUUAAUAUCUUAAAAACAUAUCUUAAGUGCUGUACAAAAAAAGGAGCAGCAACAGCCAAUUAAACAAAAUAUUACAAAAUCUCAGUUACAUAUGAAAAGGUUACAUUAGUACAAAGUUACUAACAUAUAUGAAUCAAUAUCAAUUCCUUUUCCUUCUGGCACAUCCUGACUCUCAUCCUGUGUCCCAUUCAGCUGCUCUCUCCACACCCAGGUUAGUUGAGUUUCCCAGAGGGUCCUGAGGAUGGGGAAAGGCUCCGUCUCCACUCACGGCUCUUUCUUCACCCUCUGUCCACUCCUCCUCCAAGGUGGAUUUAAAUGUUGGGGGUUUGUUGGCAUACCGUAAGCUUCCACAAUUGCCACAUACCAAAAUACAGUGGUACCUUGGUUUCUCGAACUUAAUCUGUUCCGGGAGUCCGUUUGACUCCCAUAACAAUUCGAAAACCAAGGCAUGGCUUCCGAUUGGCUGCAGGAGCUUCCUGCACUCAAGCGGAAGCCACAUCGGAUGUUCGGCUUCUGGAAAAUGUUCACAAACCGGUGUUCGGGAGCUGAUUUGUUCGACAACUAAGCUGUUGCAUAAGUGUAUUGCAUAAGUGACAGGGAUGUGCUCUCCUACACUAUAGGAAUAGUAUUGUCUGGGAGCAGGUAGAUGUAUUCUUGUCAAGUGAGCUAUUGCCGACUCCAAAUACCCAGACCACUUUUUUACUUCCCAGGAAGUAUUUUCCGUAAGAGGGAGGAGGAGACUCCAGGCCUGGGAAACUUUAUACAGUGGUACCUCGGGUUAAGUACUUAAUUCAUUCCGGAGGUCCGUUCUUAACCUGAAACUGUUCUUAACCCGAAGCAUCACUUUAGCUAAUGGGGCCUCCUGCUGCCGCCGCACCACCAGAGCACGAUUUCUGUUCUCAUCCUGAAGCAAAGUUCUUAACCUGAGGUACUAUUUCUGGGUUAGCGGAGUCUGUAACCUGAAGUGUCUGUAACCCGAGGUACCACUGUACAUCCGUAGUCUCAGUAAUAGGAACGUAUUUCAUGUCACCCCCAUCCCAGCUGUGAACAGGGAGCUGGUAACACAUUAAGUUCAAGAGGUAAAAAGGCUAUAAAACUCAAACAGGGUUUAAUAGAUUCCAAACCUAUUUUAUGCAGACUUCUUAAACCAUUUCGGUUACAUUUCAAUUUGUAAGCAAGUGGGUGUUUUCUGUUUGUAAGUCUGUGAACAGCAUACAGUUAUUAAUAGUUAUCAGAACAGUUUUGUAGUGGUUUUAAAUACUAAUUUUUUUUUAUAAAAAAAAUAAGUCUGUGUGUAGCCACGAAGUAGCCUUUUUAAUUACCUAUUUUUGUCUGACAGUUGCCAGAUUACCCUUCUGAAGAACAAUACAAGGUGACAGUGUGCCUCUUCAUAGCCAUAGGGUUCAGCUUUUUACUCUCCAAUAUUUUCCUUUCAAUUCUUGCUCUCUAGAGUUAGCAUGAAUCAAUCCAGCAGCCUUUACCAGUAGACAAGCCACUGUUUGUUGUUUAGAUCCUUCUUUCCCCCACUUAUUUGUCAUCUUUUGUAUUUACCGUUCAAACUGCCUUUCUGUAAAAUCACCAAGCCUGUAUAUAAGUUUUGACAAUUUACAGAAAUGAGAACCGCUAACACUAAACAUAGGCAGCGCAAAAUGCACCAGUUGCCAGCAAGCUAAUGCCUCUGGUAUUUUAUGGUACUCACUGGGCUGUGUCCCCAGUUGUAAUGGGACCAUAGGCCUAUUAUUUCACUUUGUAGUAAUAAAUGGGGAUAUUUGAUUCUUCCAGUACUAAACAAACUUAACUGCAUCCUUUAAAUACAGAAAUCCUUCACAAUCUUUAAAGGCAGAUUCUGGUUUUUUUCUCUCAGUCUUACGUUCUCUGCAUUAAGUAAUUUUAUUUCAAGAAGGAGCGUUGAGUUUUUGCACUUAUUGGUCCUGGCCUCUGCAAGCAGUAGCCAAUCAAGUGAGGAGGAUCAUUUUGCAGCAUGAUGCUUUGUUUUUGUAGCAUUACUGGAGAAGGGGACAAGGCUAUUUGGUCUCAGUGUAUCACCUGCAGUAUAGAUUUCAGCCCUUGUGUAUUCUUCCCUCUGGAGAUGCAGGUACUUGAGUUAGGCAUACAGAAUUGGAAGUUAGACUGGGUUUCCGGGCCAAACAAGUAUUUUGGCAUUUUGCAAUUACAAUGUGUGUUUUUCUUUUGAGAAUGCACGUUGUCCAAAGAACUUGCUAUUCUUUGAUGUUACAUGAACAGAUAAAACACCAUAGAAAUUGCAUUAGUUAGUUCCACAGUGGCUUAUCAAAACAAAACCAGCAUGCAUGUUGGCAUUGCAACAGUACAAUUAAACGCAGAGAAUUCGGCUUGUAUUGAAUCAUGUCUUCAAAUGUACCAAAUAUAAAAUAUUUUAAAUUCAAUUGUGUACCUGUAAAGGCUGCUAAUAUUAAGGACAUCUUCUGGGUGAAGGGAACUUGGAGCACUUACCUGAAAAAUAGCAUGUCAGCAUUUUGGUAGAUCUGGUGGAAGUGGGAAGUUAUUCUGAGUUUGUGCCUUCCUUGUAUCAAUUGCAGCAUCUCUUGAACAAACAUGCUAUUUUUCUACAUAACCUGGCAGCAAACCUAACGUGUUGCUUUUAUGAUAGAAAGCAGAAAGUAGUAGGUUACCUAGUAACAAUGUACUUGGAGUAGGGUCAAACACUGUGGUGUGUCCCCUUCCUCCCCUCCCCCCCCAAAAUAUAUGCUUUUAAUUUCUUGGCUUUGCUGUCUUUUCAUGCUUUCACUUUUUUCUUUUUUUCUUUUGGUAAGUAACUUUCCUUUAAUACGUUUCGUUUGUUCAAAGGCCUUUUCAGUGUUGCGUUUAAAUGUCUUAAGAAUUCACAAUAGAACUUCAUUCUGAAAACAGUAAAUGCUAUAUCUGCUAUAUUCAUGCCACUUCAACAUUCAUGCCACCAGAGGUGUGGGGAAGAUGGCUAAUGUAUUGGGACUGGGUUUCUAUCUUACUUUAAAAUAACUCAUUUCUAAUCAGAUCAAUGGGACACUUUCCCCCCCAGAAUUACACUUCAAGUUCACUCAUUCCUAUCCUGCACAUAUCCCUCCUAGUCUUCAGUAAUAGUAACUUUUCUGUUGUCUUAGCAUGUUUUUUUUUCUUCUACUGGUAGCCUCUUCUGUGCAUGGCUAUUUGUAUAGAUAUAGAGACUUUCAGCAUGACUACCAGAACAGACCCCUCUAACAGCAUGUGAGCCAUCUGUGACCAUAAAUGCUUCUGUGAAACAGUCUAAAACUGGAUUUAAAAAAUACUAACUUGGUGCCUUUGCUUGUAUGCUGUUGUAGUCAUGGUUGCAUACUGCAGUACAGAACAAACUCAUUUCUUGUCACCUUACAGAAGUGGAACUCCUUCCCCAAAGCGAUCAUCUGUUAGCUCACGUUCACCUUUGAUAAGGGGCAGCAGAGAUAGAUUUACUGGGGAAUCGUACACAGUGUUGGGUAAGGUUUUUAAAGAAAUAAUACUUAUUUAUUAUUAUUAUUAUUAUUAUUAUUAUUAUUAUUAUUAUUAAAUUAGUUUUUAUUAAUUUUUUGUGAUACAAAAAAAAACACACACAAGGAAAAGUAGAUAUAGCACCUCCACUUUCAAUUCAUAAAAUCUUUUUCAGUUUGUUUACAUUUGGUGUAAGACACUAUUUCCAUAGACAUUGGGAGAAAAGAGGAAGAGGGUUGAGGAGGAUAAUGGUCUUUUCAUUCUAUUGUAUAGUGCAGAGUUUUUGUGGCAGCAUCUCAUGGGUAGGUCCUUUAUUUAUAUAAUUAUUUGGGGGGUUUUAUUGUCAUGUUGAGAGAUGGGAGGGCCCAAAGUUUGCUUGCUUGCGUUUGGUUGGUUGCAGUAUGGUUUGUUUGGAGGGGGGCAGGAUUGUUGUGUCCAGAUUAGCCAUAUUAAUUUGUAUGCGGGGGGGGGUAGGUCAUUGUCUUGUUGUGCUGUAUAUGUGGUAAAGGGAAGCCACACCGGGGUGAAGGUGUCCUCUUUUGCUUGUCCCCAUGCUAGUUAAUUUUUCUGGUAGGGCAGUUUCCCAUACUUUUUGGUACCAGUGGUCUAUGUUCACUCCUGAUAGGUCCUUCCAGGGUCUGGUUAUGAUAUUUCUAGCUGCUGAGAGUAAGUGACUUAUGAGUUCCUUGUCUUGUGCAUUGUGGGAAAGGUUUUUUUUCGGGGGGGAGGGAGGAUAAGCUUUCUUAGUUUUUAUCAUUAUGAUCUGCACUGGAGUGGGAAACCUUUGGUCCUCUCCCCAUGUUGUUGCCAACUCUUAUCAAGCACAGCUGGGGAUAUUGGGAGUUGUAGUUCUGCAACAUCUGGAGAGCCAGAGGUUCCCUAUGCCCGAUUUCUACAACACCAAAAAGAUUGGGGAUUUUCACUGUCUAAUGAAAUCUAUACUCAAUCAAUUAUGGGUAUUAUCAUUGAACAAUUUGUGUUUACUCUUGAGCUCUAGGCAGCACAAGUUUGCUUGGAAGUGUUCAUUGUUCCUUCUCUGUUUCAUUACAGGAGAUACUACUAUUGAGAAUGGGCAACACUACUGGGAAGUGAAAGCCCAGAAGGAUUGCAAAUCCUAUAGUGUGGGAGUAGCAUAUAAAAAUUUGGGGAAAUUUGACCAGCUAGGGAAGACUAAUACAAGCUGGUGCGUGCAUGUGAACAACUGGCUCCAGACUACAUUUGCAGCCAAACACAACAACAAAGCAAAAUCGCUAGAUGUCCUGGUUCCAGACAGGAUAGGAGUCUAUUGCGACUUUGAUGGAGGUAACUUGGGAGUCCUCAGAACUAUCCAUGAGAGAGCUGAAAUAGUGUUACUCCUUUACCUUCUGAGAACGUGUAUUAAGGAAAAGACAAAUGUUACACAUAAGCUGAACUCUUUCAGAAGUAUUAACAUGCUUUUCUCUCUUCAGGUCAGCUCUCUUUCUAUAACGCAAGCUCAAAGCAGUUGUUGUACACCUUCAAAACAAAAUUCACCCAGCCGCUACUACCAGGUUUCAUGGUCAGUACCUAUCUAAUUUAACUCAUUCCAUCAUUUCUGCUUCAAGGGCUAUUUUUCUACAGUUACUUUUAGGAAUAAUUUCAUAAUGUGGAAAAGACUCGCAUCGAAUGCCACAGAUGCUUUUGGGUUAUUGAUGCGUCACUGUCUGACCUCUAAACAUGUUUAUAUGCUUAUUAAACUUGGUUGCUCAAGGAAAAACUGGCAGCCACUUUGAUGACUAGCUCCAGGGCUCUGUAUAUGCCCGAAGAAGAGAAACCUCUAAUGGGGAAAUGCAGGAGUGGCUAACCUGUGACCCUUCAAAUGUUCCUGGACUGUAAUUCCCAUUAUCCCUGACCUUUGCCUGUGCUGUCUGGGGCUGAUGGGAGUUGGAGUCCAGCAGUAUUUGGAGGAGGACAAAGAUGUACAGAUCCCUGAAAAUCUCUAGCUUACACUUUUUAAAAAAGCAAUGUAUUAUAAUUCUAGCCCUCGUAACUGCAAAACAAUGUGCAUAACUUAUACAAAAUUGCCUGGGAGCAGAAUUUUGUUUUUGUUCUGAAUAUACAUCACAGACCUUCUCCUGUUUAGAUGAGCCUACCAAGAUACUUAGAAAGUUGAAGUAAUUUUAUCUGUUUUAGUAUUUUAACAUUUGUAUGUUUUUAAAGUAGGGUUGUGAAUUUUUCUCCCUUAAAACAAACUUGAAUGGGAGCUGGAGUGUAAUAUAGAACACUGUAGAAACUAGACUUCCCACCCCACCCCACCUUGUGUUAGAAACGUAAGAAAAUGCCAAACUGUCAGCCUCCUCUCAAUAUAGAUAGCGAGAAUUUCCUCACCUGAGUUUUAUUUUUAUAUUUACAGUAAAUUUUUAAAGUAGAAAAGGUGACACUGUUUAAGCAGUUCAGAGCAACUGUUUCAAAAUAUAACUAUGGCUAAACUGGAUUUGAGCCUCUUAAUUUUUCAAAAAGUGACAACACUGUUAGUCAUUGACAUUCUCACUGUUCCCCUGGUCAGCUUUUUGGUAAAAAAGGGCCAGUUAUAGAGAAGAUAGGGGUUUCAACAUACUUGAGGGACAGACAGAAAAAUGCUGUGAUGUACAGUGAUUGCCAUGAUUUUAAUUGACUCUGAGCAAGAAGAGAGCACUGAUGACCCCUCAUCUUUUAUAUAUCGGUUUUCUAGGUUUGGUGUGGUGGUCUCACCUUGACAACAGGACUGCAGGUGCCAAGUGCCGUGAAAACACUGCAGAAGAGCGAAAAUGGAUUAAGCGGUUCAGCCAGCAGCCUAACCAAUGUUGCCCAAUGAUAUUUUCACUUCAUGUUAACUGCUUUUUCUUUGCAGGUGUUACUCAAAGAGCUUUUGAGCAAUGCUUUAAUGUGUUCCUGCUACUUCUGAGGCCUAAGCACCACUAGUGGGGCUGAACCAAAACGUUAGCAGGAGUGUACUGUGAAUCUGCAGUGUAAUAGGAAAAUAGACUGAUCUUUUUUAAAAAAGAGAAUUGGGUAUUUGAGGUUGUAGCUAUCUACUACUGUUAGACUAAGUUUGACUACUUGUCUUACGGAUUCUUGACAGAUAACUCAGAUAACUUCAGUAUAACACGCAACAAAGGCAAGUAUGAUCUUGGUCUAAAAGGCCUUCCUUGCUUUUCUUCUCUCUAGGUUUCUAACACUCACUCCUUGACCCCGGAAAAGGAGAUGAGCUGGAGGGUAAUACGCAGAAGCUUUAAAAAUGAGAGCCAUCUAAAAAAGCCAGUCUAACUUUCCAUAACUCAGUGUAAUGAAAAGGUGGUGGUGUGUGGUACAAAUACUUAGGUCUUGAUCACUGUCCUUUGAUUCAAGGUAGUUUUUACGCAGUUGGGCACCAUGAAUAACAUUGCCGAGAACUACACAGUCAUCUCAAGUAGUGUAUUUUAAACUGGUAUUUGGACAGUGUCCAUUAACCAUGAAAAAUGCUUUGAGGAAUGGAAGAGAUUGUAGUAUUUCUGACCAGUCAGCUUAAGGAGCUUUUCGAAGUGCUUCCAUUUUCCUCUGUUAAAUCACCUGAGCUCAGUAAUGAGGCAGUUUAAGUCCCAUUUUUUGUAUUGUCAGCCAGUUUCAGUGUGUACUUCACAUGGUACACUUUUUUGAGGUUAAGUGUAUGCUCAGAAUUAAGUCAUGUUUUGCCAGUCAUUCUUAUCUGUAAGCUAAUGGCUUGUUGCCACAUCUUUAGUUUCUAGGCUGUGCCCUGAAAACUGCUCCAGAGGCUCAAAAUAAUAUACUGUACCUAGUCAACUGCUAGAUGCAUCAGACACCUUAGUUUUGUAACAUGGUUAAGGUCCGGAAUGAUGUUAUCUUCAAACCUCUAAAGCACUUUUCCUGUAGAUUUUGAAAGUGGAUUGUACAUUCCAGUUUUAAAGGCUCCAUAAGUUCUGAGUUUCCUCCAUGAUGUCGGAAGCAUAUAUUAAGAAUGUAGAUGGCAUGUUCAGAUUUUAUGGUAACUUCCAACCUUUGAACAUUUUGAGUGUGGUUCCCUAUUAAUUUCUCCAUCAUAGAACCUGAUACUAGGGUUUUGGGGUGUUGGUUUUUUUUACAUUCUGUGAUCUACUGUCUCUUGAGAAAUUUCACAGAAUAGUAAGAAGCAAACUUUUUAAUAAAGUGCAUCUGAGCAUUUUUCACUUGUGAGAAAUGAAUACCUGCAGUUGUCUCUGAAGUGUUAAGAAUUGAGUUUGAAUGUUCAACUUUCCCAACUGAACCAUGUAAAUUGCUUCCUCAGAAUCCCUGAAUGGCUACGUUAAUCCAAUCUGUUUACUCAAUUGUCCCUCUUGCAAAAGAGUAGCAAAUCACAGUAAAACGUCUCAUGUUCUAAGAACUCCUUAAAUACCAUGUUCUACCCAGUCUUAUCAUGUUUUCUAACUAUCAAGGAACCCAGUAUUUAUCCCAUUGUAAUGAUGUGUUUGUUCUGUAAGACCCUUCAUGUAGUUCUGCUUCGUAUACCUUUGUAUUUGCAGCACUUAAGUUCACAUUUUUAUUAUUUGCAUAUUUGAUUUGUGAAAUAAAGAUGUUUUGAUAACUGGCUUGUUAUGCCCAAUGCAGAUAACAUGCCAACUACUUCUAGGAAGAAAAUAUAAUGUGGUAAAUACCUUUAUGAUGCUUUGACCAGUAUAAAUGGGCUUCUAACUAGUCAGAAUCAAGCUGCUAUACUCUCGGAAUUACAUAUUUUGGAGCAAGGCCUUUGUUCUAUGUACAGUUAAUAGAGGCACUUAACUGUCUUUAAAUGGUUGCAUCUGCUGACUGUCAAGUGUGAUCCAGACUCUGAAUCGACUGAAUACUUCACAGUUGCAAGUUCUACUGAAUUAUGCAGGCAUCUCUGUGAAUUUUCCACAACUCAGUGGAUCUGCAAUAUUUAUUCCAGAUGCAGUACUAGUGUUUAGAGGUUUGACAUGUAUUGGGAAACAUACAUUUGGAGUGGUGGGUUAUCCUUAUCGGAGGAACAUUACUGCUAGUGGAACAAUCUGAGCCAUAGGUGCUUCUGUUGGCUGCCCAGCUGGGUAGUUCCAUAUCAGUUUAAGGAAUUAGAGUAUGGUGACACGAGGAAAUGCCUUAAGCACUUUAGAUAUUGUUUAUGAAACUUGAACUAACAACAUUGAUAGGUUUGCAUUCUGUGGCAAGCAUGCAGAAAUUGGUGCAAUUGAGCAAAGCAAAUUACUCAGUUUGAUGGUUUUGAGCAAAACAAUUAUUUGAUUGUGUUUACUCUUCAGGUAGAUAUGCUAGAUUGGUUACAAACAAGGCAUAGUGUGUAUAUAAUUUGUCUGCUUACUCAUUGUAAAAUUUGAAGUAUUUUUGUAUUUGUAGCUAAUGAAAGGUGGUUCUUUUUGUAUAUUUACAGCAAGAAGAAAAUGUGUAUUGUUAAUUUAGUUUACAGAAAUUAUGGAAUUGUCUACUGUGACAUAAUCAUGUAACACAACUUGACUCCCUUUUGUAUAAUAAAGUAGCAAAUGUAAUUCACAAUUGGGUUUAAAUCCAAAACUAUGUGAAUCUGCUUAGAGGUUUUUGAAGAGCAGCUGAAAGCCCAAGUCACAAAACCGUAUUAUGAAUGGUAUUUUAAGGGUGUAAGAGUGGAAUGGUUAUACAGUGACUAUACAAUACAGUCUUAAUUUAGUUUAAGUUUGAGGGCUAUGUAAUGAACAUAAUGCAUUCUCCUUUUAUUAAAGGAAGCAGAAAUACUCCUAUAAGGCUGUUUGUUCUCUCCCUUGUCUCUUAGGACAGGAUUCCUUUCUGUGAUGUAGGAAACAGUUUUGAGGCAAACUAAUUCGGCAAAUGUUGUCAUUUUAAUUAUGCAAGUGAGAACUUUGUGUGGUAUAUCAACUGACUUUGUUACUAUGCAGUUGGCAGACUUGGUUGACUCUAUAUUUUCUGGUCGUGACUUUUGUCCUUGGAAUUAAACUGAAGUGUUCUGGAAGCCUACUGACUUGAAAGGGAAACUUUAGCCGUGUUUUCCUCCCUUAGUACUGUACAAAUGAGCGGCUUCUCUCUGCAAGUGGGCUGCUCGUUUUCACCACCGGUAAAACACUUCUGCAUGUGCCUUUUCAAAAUGGCUCUUAUCAUUACUCUCCUAGUGUAAGGUAUUGAGAUAAGAAAGCAUAUUGAUAUUCUGCUGUCACACUGAACUUCCAAAAUGGGGAAAUUGUGCACUGACCUCAGGUACCCAGUGCUUUGCUCUUCAUCCUUGUCAAGUACCCUCAGACAACAACCCCUACCUACCACAACACUGUACAACUGGGGUGCCUUAGAGCCCAUGGAGUGUUUUAAUUUGCUGUGUCUUUAAGUCAAACACAUCUUGCAGGGGUUUUGUAUUAAUAAACUUUUGAAAACUCGUAU